AAGAGGGACUGGCCGGGUGCCGCAGGUUGAGAGGAGCUACUGGAGAAUGAUUGUCACUGUACUGGAUGGACUACUGAGCUAUUGAAUUACGUCUGUCUUUUGACCACACUAGGAAAUUGUCUAUGGAGUUGAGAUAUUUAUUGCAGUAAUUUCUGGCCUUACAUACUUAGGUUGAGUGCAUUUGGGAACUUGAUGCAUAAAAUUUGCAUGACUCCUCACUCCUUUCUGUAUCUGUCUUUGGAUUCAAGCCAGCAUGGCUCACACCACAAAGGUUAACGGCUGUGCCUCAGGAAGAGCAGAUGAUGUUCUGAAUGGAGAUCAUGACAGGGGACAAAAAGAUCCUUAUUUUGUGGAGACCCCCUAUGGUUAUCAACUAGACUUAGAUUUCCUCAAAUACGUAGAUGACAUACAGAAAGGAAACACCAUUAAGAAAGUGAACAUCCAGAAGAGGCGGAAGCCAUCUGUGCCAUGCCCAGAAACCAGGGCCACACCUGGUUAUCAAGGUGUGUGGACCUCCACUGAAUCCCUCUCAUCCUCCAACAGUGAUGACAGCAAGCAGUGCCCCAACUUCCUCCUAGUCCAAAGUGAAGUUACAUCAACUCCACUCCCAAGGCCACCUGCCCCUCUGGAGACCUCACCCACUUUUCUUACCAUCCCAGAAAGCCGACAGCUGCCACCACCAUCCCCACAACUCCCAAAGCACAACCUUCAUGUCACCAAGACACUGAUGGAGACCCGGAGAAGACUCGAACAGGAGAGAGUCACCAUGCAGGUGGCACCUGGUGAGUUCCGAAGGCCCAGGCUGGCCAGUUUUGGAGGCAUGGGCUCCACGAGCUCCCUCUCCUCAUUUAUGGGUUCUGGAAACCACAAUCCUGCCAUGCACCAGCAUCAGAAUGGAUACCAAGGCAACGGGGAUUAUGGUGGCUAUGCCCCAGCUGCUGCCACCACUUCUUCCAUGGGGAGUUCCAUCCGCCACAGCCCUCUGAGCUCAGGGAUCUCCACUCCGGUGACCAACGUGAGCCCCAUGCACCUGCAGCACAUCCGUGAGCAGAUGGCCAUUGCCCUGAAACGCCUGAAGGAGCUAGAAGAGCAGGUGCGAACCAUCCCUGUGCUCCAGGUAAAGAUCUCUGUCUUGCAAGAGGAGAAAAGGCAGUUAGCUUCACAGCUGAAAAACCAAAGAGCUGCAUCCCAGAGCGAUGUCUGUGGUGUGAGAAAGAGGUCCUACAGUGCUGGGAAUGCAUCCCAGCUGGAACACCUCCCCAGGACCCGGAGAAGUGGCGGGGAAUUAUACAUUGACUGUGAGGAGGAAGAAAUGGAGAGUGCGGAGCAGAACACCCAGAGGAUAAAGGAAUUCCGGCAGCUCACAGCAGACAUGCAGGCCCUGGAGCAGAAGAUCCAGGACAGCAGCCGUGAGGCCGCCUCAGAGCUCAGGGAGAACGGGGAGUGUCGGCCUCGAGAGUGCCGUUCUGUGGCUGUGGGUGCUGAUGAAAACAUGGACAGCAUUGUCGUGCACCACAGGGGCGCCAGGUCCUGUAAGGAUGUUGCUGUAGGCACAGUCACCGAGACGAGGAAUUCUGGGGUCAGCGUGACAGAAGCCAUGCUUGGAGUGACUACUGAAGCCGACAAAGAAAUUGAGCUGCAACAGCAGACCAUAGAAGCCUUAAAGGAAAAGAUCUAUCGCCUGGAAGUACAGCUUAAAGAAACCACCCAUGACCGGGAGAUGACUAAACUCAAGCAAGAGCUGCAAGCUGCUGGCUCGAGAAAAAAAGUUGACAAAGCCGUGAUGGCCCAGCCACUUGUUUUCAGCAAGAUGGUGGAGGCAGUGGUACCCACAAGAGACCAAAUAGCUGGCAGUCACGUGGACGUGGUUGACACCUGUGUUGGGACCUGCGUGCAGACAAAUAGCGUAGGCAUCUCCUGCCAGCCCGAUCGUGAGAAUAAAGUGGUGGGGCCUGAGCUGCCCAUGAAUUGGUGGAUUGUUAAGGAAAGGGUGGAAAUGCAUGACCGAUGUACUGGGCGGUCCGUGGAGAUGUGCGACAAGAGCGUGGGUGUGGACAUCAGCGUUUGUGAAACAGGCAGCAACACGGAGGAGUCUGUGAACGACCUGACACUCCUCAAGACCAACCUGAAUCUCAAAGAAGUCCGCUCCAUCGGCUGCGGAGAUUGCUCUGUCGAUGUGAUCGUCUGCCCCCCAAGGGAGUGCACCUCCCGGAGUGUGAACACGGAGGCCGUCAGCCAGGUGGAAGCUGCUGUCAUGGCAGUGCCUCGAACCACGAGCCGGCACAGCAGCACGGUUCUAGAACAGGUGUCCCAGUUCACCAACACCGAGACAGCCACCUUCACAGAGUCCUGCACCAACACUUCCCUCAGCACCGUGGACAAGCACACCAGCACCCGGACUGUGGAGAUGCGGACUGUGGCCGUCGGAGAAGGCCGCGUCAGGGACGUCAGCUCCGCUAAGAUGCGGUCCGUCGGAGUUGGAACGGUGCUCUCUGGCAGCUCUGGGUUUGACAGGCCAUCCUCUGUGAAGACCAAAGAGUCAGGCGUGGGACAGAUCAAUAUUAACGACAACUAUCUGGUUGGUCUGAAAAUGAGGACCAUAGCUUGUGGUCCUCCCCAGUUGACGGUGGGGCCGACAGGCAGCCGGAGGAGUGUAGGGGUUGGGGAUGAGCCUGUAGGGGAGUUCGUGGAGAGCCCCCAGCCCCAGGCUCUGUCCAGAAUGGUGACAGGCUUGGAUCACUACAUUGAACGUGUCCAGAAGCUGCUGGCAGAGCAGCAGGCGCUGCUAGCUGAGAACUAUAGUGAACUGGCAGAAGCUUUUGGGGAACCUCACUCACAGAUUGGCUCCCUCAACUCCCAGCUCAUCACCGCCUUGUCGUCAAUCAACUCUGUCGUGAAGUCUGCAAGCGCUGAAGAGCUGAGGCCUGACUUCAUGAAAACCAGCCUGGGUAAGGUCACAGGCAGUAAUUUGGAAUACACCUGUAAGUGUGGAAGUCUUCAAUCAGGAGGGCCAUUAAACUCCCAGACAUCCCGGCAUGAGCAAGAGGUGGGGGCCACAGAAGGGAAGCCCAUCAGCAGCCAGGAUACCUUCCCCACUCAGGAAAGCACGCUGUCUCCAGUGAACCUGACAGACGACCAGAUAGCCGCUGGCCUCUAUGUAUGUACAAAUAAUGAAAGUACGCUGAAGUCCAUCAUGAAGAAGAAAGAUGCCAACAAAGAUUCAAAUGGAGCGAAAAAGAAUCUUCAGUUUGUUGGCAUUAAUGGAGGGUAUGAAACCACUUCAAGUGAUGAUUCCAGCUCAGAUGAGAGCUCUUCUUCCGAGUCAGAUGACGAGUGUGAUGUCCCUGAGUAUCCUCCUGACGAAGAGGAGGACGAAGAGGAGGACGAAGAGACUCGGGGAAUGGCAGCAGGCCACCAUGCAGUUAAUGUGGAAGGUUUCACGUCCAACAGGGUGGAAGAUGAAAUGCAGGUUCCAGAAUGUGAACCUGAGAAGGUGGAAAUCAGAGAGAGAUAUGAACUAAGUGAAAAGAUGUUGUCUGCAUGCAACUUACUGAAAAAUAACAUAAAUGACCCCAAAGCUUUGACCAGCAAGGAUAUGCGGUUCUGUCUGAACACUCUCCAGCACGAGUGGUUCCGCGUGUCCAGUCAGAAGUCAGCCAUCCCAGCCAUGGUGGGGGACUACAUAGCAGCUUUUGAGACCAUCUCCCCAGACAUCCUGCGUCAUAUCAUCAACAUGGCGGACGGGAACGGCAACACCGCCCUCCAUUACAGUGUGUCCCACUCCAACUUCGAGAUUGUCAAGCUGCUUUUGGAUGCUGAUGUAUGUAACGUGGAUCACCAGAACAAGGCGGGAUAUACCCCCAUCAUGCUGGCAGCCCUCGCCGCUGUGGAAGCAGAGAAGGACAUGCGAGUUGUGGAAGAACUCUUUGCCUGUGGGGACGUGAACGCCAAAGCCAGCCAGGCAGGACAGACAGCCCUCAUGCUGGCUGUCAGUCAUGGGCGGAUAGACAUGGUGAAGGGCCUGCUGGCCUGUGGGGCUGACGUCAACAUCCAGGACGACGAAGGCUCCACCGCCCUGAUGUGUGCCAGCGAGCACGGGCACGUGGAGAUCGUCAAGCUGCUGCUGGCCCAGCCGGGCUGCAAUGGCCACCUGGAGGACAAUGAUGGCAGCACCGCGCUCUCAAUAGCCCUGGAGGCAGGACACAAGGACAUCGCCGUUCUGCUGUAUGCCCACGUCAACUUCGCGAAAGCCCAGUCUCCGCCAUCUGCCCCGAUCCUAUUGACUUACAGCAGUGACAGCAAAAGCUGAUGGAUGGAGUGCGUGGGUAGGGUGAGUGCCCAGUCCACUGGUCCAGGGCUCCGACAAGAGGAGACAUCUUCUGAGAGAACUACUCCGUUUCCAGCCCUGCUCAUUACUCAGGUUGCACGUCAUGAGUCUGAAAUUUAAGACCUAAUUAGGCAAACAGUUCAUCAGACAGAUGGGGGCUUUCAAAGCCGGUGUGCAGUUCACCAGGUCCUCUUUCCCCACUUCAUGGUGACCAUGGAACCAAGUGUUGAGAUGGAAAUCAUCCUGGCUCCCUGAGGAACUAACUGCAUGGAGUAGGGUUCCACUGCUGACCUGUGUUUCAGAAAUUGCUUCCAGGAAGUGGUGCUGCUGUAACCAAAGGGCUUAGUAGCUGAUGUGUCGACAGCAAGGAUACUGUCAUUGGAGAAUCAAUCACAGAACACAGGAAACUAUUUGAAUGGCUCUUUCUUAGUUUUCCCAAGAAUGAUAAGUUACCAGUACCAUCCUAGAUGCACAGGAGAGAAGGUAAUCCACUGCAUAGAUGCCUUUGGGUACUAAGGACUAAAUCUCUUUGGGAAGGAAAGCCCUUUCCUAUGUAUCUUGAAAGGCAGAUUGCAUCGUAUAAACUUGUUUUUCUCAAAGUUGAGCAUGCAUCAGAAUUCCCAGGACGGAUGGUGACGACACAUUGCUGGGCCCUACCGAGAGUUUGUGAUGUGGUACGUCUUGGAAGAGGCCCAUGAAUUGGCGUUUCCGACAGGUUCCCAGGUGAUGCUAUUGCUGCUGGCCUGGAGACCACGCUUUUGAGAACCACUGCUCAAGGGAAGGAGUAUUAUAAGUGGACUUCCCCUUGUCUCAACCACAAGUACCUGCUGAUGGGACUCCUAAGUGUCUGUAACUCUCUAAUCUUUGUGGGGUUUUCUUUUCUUUU